ACAACUAUCAUUUCUCUUGUAUUGUUCACCUUAUUCAAACCGUAACCUUUUCCUUUUCUCUCCUAUUAAAAAAGCGUGACGUUCAACUUGGCGUGUCCCUGUUCUUCUGAUUCUGAAUGCUACAAGAAAGGGAGGGAAAUAGGGUUCAGUGAAUCAGAAGAGAUAGAGCUCACAAGAUUACAGGCAUGAUGUCAGCAGAAAUUACCGAGACCAGCGAGCAAGAUCAAAUAACUCCCGUGCCAGUAGAAGUCAGUACCAAUGAAGAAAUUACUGAAGAGGCAGCAGUGUGCAGGAUAUGUCUUGAUGUGUUCGAUGAAAGAAAUAUCUUUCAAAUGGAAUGCAGUUGCAAAGGUGACCAAAGAUUGGUGCAUGAAGAAUGUUUAAUCAAAUGGUUCAGCACAAAAGGAAACAAGAAAUGUGAUGUAUGCUUGACAGAGGUUCAGAAUUUACCGGCAAACUUGGUCCAUGUGUCCCGCUCUGUACAACUAAGAAACAUACAAUUAAGUGCUUGGCAAAAAUUUGUGGUGCUUGUCCUGAUAAGCACAAUAGGCUAUUUUAACUUCCUUGUAGAUCUACUGUGUCCUGAUCCGAAGACUCGAUCCAUCAUUAUACCAGCGGCAGUUUCCUUUACAUUGAGCCUCCUAGCAUCUGUUUUUGCAUUUUUCCUUGCUAUCAGGGAGUAUAUGGCGCUAUAUGCUCUUCUUGAGUUUGGACUUGUGGAUGUAACUUUGCGACUGUUUUAUACUUUGUUGCAUUUGGCGCCAAUUUACUCUGUACCACUUUCAUCAGUCUUAGGUUUUGGAAUUGCUAUGGGAAUCAACUAUUUGUAUAUCAGGCAUGCGAAUCGAAGACUUCAGGUCUCUACUAAUGAUAUCCCAGUAUGAAUCUCCUCUGAAAGAAACCCCAUUUUCUAUGUAUAUUUUUUCUAAUAUGGUAAACUAGUGCUUAGUUGGUAAUCAUGUUCAAAUUGAUUGAGCUUGGAUUUUUUUAUUUUUUUUAGAAUAGACUAUUUUCCUUGAUGUUGUAGAAACAAUGACCAUUAGUUUAUAAUUUCAUAGACUAAGAAGAAUCAUAUA